AUGGACGAAACCACGCUCUUCACAAUCAACCCGGCAGCUACAGUUGCACACACGCACACAGUCAUCUUCCUCCACGGCCGCGGCGACUCGGCACCCAACUUCUCAACCUCGCUAAAAUGGUCCACCGACUCGCGCGGGCGAAGCCUAGUUGCCGCCUUCCCCUCCUUCCGCUGGGUAUUCCCUCAAGCGCCUCUGCGCCCCACCGCUAGCGACCCGCGCCGCCUCCCGUUCCGCCAAUGGUUCGACACCUUCAACGUGCGCGACCUCGCUCGCCGUGAAGAGGUCCAGGCUCCCGGCCUGCGCGAAGCCACACCCGCCAUCCAGCGUCUCCUGGCACGCGAGGCCGCAUUGCUCAGCGGACGCUAUGACCGGAUCGUCUUGGCGGGGAUCAGCAUGGGCGCGGCCACGAGCGCUCACGUGCUUUUCAACAUGCCCGACUUGCCUCCCGAGGCGAGCAGCACCGGCGGGCUGGCGGCCAUGAUGGGGUUCAGUGGGCGGUGUCCGUUUGUGGGGAGGACGUUGCGUGAGAUGCGUGAGGUGAUGGCGCCGCUGGAAGGAGAAGCCGAAGGAGGAUCAUGGGUGGCGCGGGCAGAGGGAGACGAGUCGGCAGUCUUGCGCGGCACGCCGGUGUUUCUAGAGCAUUGCGUUGAUGAUCCGCUUGUGGCGGUUGAAAACGGGAGGCUGCUGAGAGAUGCUAUGGCAAGCUUUGGCGCGCGAGUCGAGUGGAAGGAGUAUGCCGAGGGAGGGCAUUGGUUUCAGAGUCCUCAGGGCAUUGACGAUGCCAUUGAGUUUCUUGAGCGGCAUGUUUUGGGUGCCGGUUCCAGUUGAUCGUGACUGGGAAGUAGUCGUAGCUAGAGCCCAAUUGGCAAUACUAAUAAUCAUGGUUUGCCCCGUGAAAACGGGAAGGGGCUGAGGGGUGACCUUGACUAAAC